CGGCCGGGCUAGGAAUGGAGCGGGAGGAGGGGCGCGGCCAUCUUUGUUAAGGGCAGCGCCGAGCGACUCUCGCCGGCCGAGGAAGCGCGGUGCUCUUCAGGCCCGGCACGGCGUGGGUGCGCCUCAAGACACGUCGCCUGUAGCCACCGCGCUUGGGGACGGGACUGGGUGUGGCACGGCGGCCACCCGGGAAAGCCGCGCCAGGGAGCGUGCCCGCCCCGCCGUGGUUCCGCGUCCCGGCGCUGACAUCAGCGGCGCUCGGGCGCCGCGGCUGCUGAAGCGCCCUGCCGCCAUCUUAGUUACGGGCAGCGCCCCCGGAGCGCUGCCGCCCGCCCGGCAUCUGAUCCCGGACAGCCCCGGCCCAGCGGGAGCGGGAGGAGCGGCGGCAGCGCCACGGCGAGUCCUUGCGCGGGCCGCGGGCGGACAGACAGCGCCGGCGGGGAGCGGGGCCGCGCCGGGUCCAGGCGGACACGUGGGCCCGUCCCCUGCAGUGCUCCUGCGAACGGGGUUCAGCUCCCGCUGCCCGGGGAGCCUCGGGAGAGAGCGCGGGUUUGGUGUUAGAUGCUGGGGAACUGAGGGGGGGACGACUUCUCCAGACUUUCCCAGUAUUCUGUCCUUCAGCGUUUGGACGUGCGCUGUUGCAGCUCCCCUUCUCCUCAAAGUUUCACUGGAGUUGAACUUUGGGCCGCCCGGAAUGUUCAGGUUAAAAUGUGGGUGCCACUUGUUAACAAACAGACUAGUUUUACUUAUUUUCUUCUCAUUUGAUUUACCCAGUGAAUCAGUUCUUUUCUUUGAAAGAGGACGUUUAUGCUAUGUCUGUUUCCUCUGUGUGUAUGUGUAUUUACGCCUGCAGUUUACGUUAUGUAUAUUUCAAUACAAUGUAAAUGAUCGGCAGUUUGGGAUUCAGAAACUCCAGGCUGGCUGUCACAAAAUGAAGGUUAGGAUGUGCUGCGCUGGACUGCGGAAUCUUCUCCAAGGGCUGAGCUUCCGUGCCAAGUACUACUCAAAACAUAACCCUCCUCAAACAGUGUGUCCUUACAGUAAAAUUGGACCAAAAAAGUGCCACAUCCUGGGCUGUUCAAAAAGUACAUGCAGCCAUAGGACUGCACCACCUGGAAGCAUCCUGCCAUGCAGAUUCUUUUCCUGCAAGCAGAAAGGAACAAAAGUCCCUUCCAAAAGGAAGCAAAAUACAUCCAUAGUAACUUCAGACCUUUUGCACAAGAACCUUCUGAAAUCAGAGCAAAAAAACUGGAAUAACAUUUCACCAACAUACAAAGCUAUGACAAAAAGAAUCAAAGAAAAACUGGAAGAAUUGCACAACAUGUAUACACUCAAUUCAAGAAGCCCAAGGAUGAGGUUUGGAGAGAAUGUGUACUUUGAAGAGAAUGGCAGCAUAUUUCUUGCAAAGGCAGAUGAUGGUGAAGGAAAUGCUAAGAUUUUAUUCAGUGUUGAAGAUCUUGGCUUUUCUGAUGCCUUUAUUCAACGGAUCAGAAUUUCACCAGAUCAGAGAUACAUGGCCAUCAGCUUAAAAAGUGAAAAUUCUGAAGAGGCAAUCUGCAUUAUUAUGAAACUUGGUCAUCUUCCUUUUGUGGAAAAAGUAAUUCCAAGUGUAUUUAGCUUUGAGUGGGCUGCAAAUGAUGUUCUGUAUUACACAACUCAGAAGAACCUUAAAUGCCAGAAUGUAUUCAUGACCACUUUCACUGACCAGAAACAUACUAAGUUAGUUUAUACAGAACAAGAUGCAAGAUUCUUUGUAGACCUUUAUUGCACAAAAGACAGGCAUUUUCUCACUAUCAACAGCAACAGCAAGACAACCUCAGAAGUUUGGCUGGUUGACUGCAGACAUCCCUUUGAGUCACCUGCUCUUGUACAAGCACGAACCACGGGGGUCAUUUACCACAUCGAGCACAGAAAGGACCAGUUGUACAUUCUUACUACAUAUGGAGAGCCUGCAGAAUAUAAGUUGAUGAAGGCACCAGUAGCUUCCAGUGGUAAGGAGAACUGGCAGUUAGUUUAUGCACUGGAAAAGAAAACCAAGCUAGUAGACUUUGAGAUGUUCAGUGAUGACUGUAUUAUGUUCCUGAAGAAUGCUGGUCAUCUUUACUUAAAUGUGAUUUCUUUUGUUUCAUACUCAGUUCAGUCAAUAAAGCUACCUACGUGGGCCUGUGAAUUUGAAUUGGAAUCUCAUCCUGAACAUACCACCAGCACCUGCUAUUUUCAGCUCUCCUCCCCAGUACACCCCCCUAAGCGUUUUGCAUAUUCAUUUAAAGAAAAUAAUCUCAUUGAACAAGCUGUGCAAGAGGUACCAAUUAUUACGAAUUGUCACACUACACGUUUACUAGCUAAAAGCAAGGAUGAAACUUUGGUGCCAAUUACAGUUUUUCAUAAUAAGAAUUCUAAAGAACUACACAGGAGACCACUUCUAGUUCAUGUAUAUGGAGCUUAUGGCAUAGAUUUGAACAUGAGCUUUAAAGAAGAGAAGCUGAUGUUAAUUGAAGAGGGUUGGAUAUUAGCAUAUUGCCAUGUUAGGGGUGGAGGAGAGCAGGGCCUUAGCUGGCACAGAGAUGGAUGUCAGCAGAAUAAACUCAAAGGUCUCCAUGACCUCAGGGCUUGCAUCACGCUGCUGCACCAACUGGGAUUUUCUCAGCCUAAACACACAGCACUGGCAGCUGCCAGUGCUGGGGGAGUUCUUGCAGGAGCCCUGUGCAACACUGAUCCAGCACUGAUCAGAGCCAUGGUUUUACAGGCUCCUUUCAUAGAUGUUCUAAAUACAAUGAUGAAAACUCAUCUCCCACUGACAAUUGAGGAACAAGAAGAAUGGGGAAAUCCAUUAGAAGAUGAAAAAUGUAUGAAGUAUAUCAAAAGCUAUUGCCCAUACCAGAAUAUUAAGCCACAGUGCUAUCCAUCAGUUUUUAUCACGGCAUAUGAAAAUGAUGAACGGGUAACACUACCAGGAAUUUUACAAUAUGUUCAGAAACUCAGGAAGGCUGCACUAGAUCAUGCCAGCAGAACAAGUAAGAAAGGAAAUUGGAUUCCUAAUAUCAUCCUAGAUGUCCAGGCAAAUGGCAGUCAUUGUGAUUCAUCCUGGGAGCACUCACUGAAUGAGGUUGCAAGACACCUUGCUUUUCUGAACAGAGAACUUGAGGAAGUGUGCCAUCCCCAACAUCACAGCAAAUCCCGCAAGUAACUCCUAAACACGGUGACCACGUGAAAAACUUUGGGUCAGGAAAUGCAGCAUCUCUUUGCUACUGGCGUUUCAGUAAUUCUCAUUGCGUGCUUGAGGUAAAAGGUGUGACCAGAAGCGUUUUGUUUCUUCAAGCUCAUGCAGUACCCACAUGGUGAGAGGAGAGGCCCCACAGAGACCAUCCCAGGAAGGCUGAGCAGCUGUGAAGACCAGCGCCCAAGAAAUGCACCACAAUUCAACAGAACAAAGUGGCAAACACGGAUUCAAUUAAACACAUGAAGUAGCUGUACUACCUGCUGAGGCAUAACUUAGAGAAAGGGGAAAAAGAAGCAGCAGCUGUUAGGCUCCCCAUAUUCAGGUCUACAUCCCCAUAUUUUAAUGAAUUCCACACUGUCUGCUAGGAAACAGUGCAGACAGGAAGGAGAUUCCAUCGGAGCAGCACCAUCACCACCACUCUCACUGUGAAAACAAUCAUUUUCCUCCUGGAAAGUCAUCAGACACAUGGACAGAUCGAAACUCACUAUCUCCUCCUUAUCAACAAGCCCAGGCAUACCUUGUAAUUCAAAUCAGCAUUGCCUCUGCUUUCCCAAAAAUGCAAACCUCUCUCUAAUAAACAAGGUGCCAUCCCUCCAUUUGACUGGCUAAUCAACGACUCUUUGUAUCAACAAAGAUAAAAAACUUCUCUGCAUUUGACGUUCUACACAGGCUUCAGUGCAAGAGCUGCUUUGCUGUUGGCUUAGCACCAGUGGGUUUCAUACUUACACGGAUUUCUUGUUGGACAGCAGGGUUGCGAAAAUUUAAGUCUGGCUGUUCCUUCCCAAACUGAUGGAAAUAACAUUGCUUUCUCAGGUCGUCAAACUGCCAGCUGGAAUUCCCAAAGACACUCACCUGCUCAGCCAAGGGAGAGAGACAAUCAGAUCUACUAACUUAACAAACAUUCCCUCCUAUGCAUACAUUAAAAUGUGGGGCAUUACAAGCAUAAAAUAAAGCACAAAAUGCCUAAUCA